AUGACCAAGGCAGCGCCCAUGCCGCCUCGGCGGCGGCGAUGGCCGGCGUACUUGCUCGCCGCCGCGGUCGUCCUUGCCGUCGUCACCGCCGCGCGGGCGCAGGAUUACAGUAAUGGCGAUGACGAGGAGGAGAAGCCUAAGCCGCAGCUCAAGGCGCAGGAGGCGUGCAACGGCGCGUUCCUGUCGUACACGUUCAUUGAGCGCACCAAGGAGUUCCCGCACCUCAAGAACGCGACGGCGCAGGCGUACGCGUUCAAGGCGCAGGCCACGGUGCUCAACACCAUGACGACGGACCUCAAGGCGUGGCAGAUGUUCGUCGGGUUCCAGCAGAAGGAGAUCCUUGUGUCAGUCAGCGGCGCCGUGCUCCUCGACGGCACCGACUUCCCCGCCAACGUCUCCGGUGGCGUCACCUUCGCCGGAUACCCGAUGGCCGACCUCCUCAACUCCAUCGACACCGCCGGCGACCUGACGCAGAUACAGGUCCAGAUGGACAUCACCGGCACGCAGUUCGGCGUCAAGCCCCCCGGCAAGCCCAUGCCCAAGACCAUCAAGCUCACCAAUCCCGGCUACCGAUGCCCCGCGCCCACCCACAAAGAUAGCGUGAUGUUCGUGUGCUGCGUCAAGGAUCCCAAGUUCAAGGCGAAGAAGGCCAACAGCACGCGGUACCUGCCACGGCAGAAGGCCGACCUGACCAUAGCCUACGACGUGCUGACGUCGUACGGCAACAAGUACAUCGCGCAGGUGACCAUCGACAACUGGAGCCCCAUGAGCCGGCUGGACAACUGGAACCUCACCUGGGAGUGGAAGCGCGGCGAGUUCAUCGAGAAGAUGCGCGGCGCCUACACGCUGCUCAAGGAAGGCCCCGCCUGCGUCUACAGCCCGGCGGCGAGCUACUACAAGGACUUCGACUUCACGCCCGUCUACAACUGCGAGAAGCGGCCCAUCAUCGUCGACCUCCCGCCGGACCGGGAGAAGGACAACGACGUGGGCAACCUGCCCUUCUGCUGCAAGAACGGCACGCUGCUGCCGCCCAUCAUGGACGAGUCCAAGUCACGGGCCAUCUUCCAGCUCACGGUGUUCAAGAUGCCGCCGGACCUCAACCGGACGGCGCUCUACCCGCCGUCCAACUGGAAGAUCACCGGGAAGCUGAACCCGCACUACGUUUGCAGGCAGCCGAUCCGGGUGAGCCCCAUGGAGUUCCCUGACGGGUCGGGGCUCAUGUCGACGACCCCCGCCGUGGCGUCGUGGCAGGUGGCGUGCAACAUCACCCGCCCCAAGAAGCGCGCCUCCAAGUGCUGCGUCUCCUUCUCGGCCUACUACAACGACUCCACGGUGCCCUGCAACACCUGCGCCUGCGGCUGCGGCAACGACACCGCCACGUGCGACCCGGACGCCCACCCAGUCCUGCUGCCGUCGGAGGCCAUGCUCGUGCCCUUCGACAACCGGACGGCCAAGGCCCGGGCGUGGGCCAAGAUCAAGCACUGGCGCGUGCCCAACCCCAUGCCCUGCGGCGACAACUGCGGCGUCAGCAUCAACUGGCACGUCAUGAACAACUACAAGUCCGGCUGGUCGGUGCGCAUGACCAUCUUCAACUGGCAGGACUACACGUUCAAGAACUGGUUCGCCGCCGUCAAAAUGGGCGAGCACUACGGUGGCUACGAGAACGUCUACUCCUUCAAUGGUACCAGGUUGGACGCGCCCUUCAACAACACCAUAUUCAUGCAGGCCCUGCCGGGGCUCGAAUUCCUGGAGCCCAUCACCGACGGCAGAACGUCGGCGUACCCGAGGCUGCCCGGGAAGCAGCAGUCCGUCAUCUCGUUCAAGAAGAAGGACGUGCCAAACAUCAAUAUCCCCAAAGGAGGAGGCUUCCCCAAGCGGGUGUACUUCGACGGCGAGGAGUGCGCGCUCCCCCACAAGUUACCGUCGAGUGCACGCCGGCGGGCAGGGGCUCCCAGUCUCUUGCAGGCUGUCACUGGGGUGGUUCUUGUGAUGAUUGUUGCUCUUGUGGACUCCUCGUGCUUAUGAUCUGUCAAAAUCUCUGGGGAUUGUAUCAUUGUAUAGAGAUUUGUCUUAGGGUGCUACAUUUGCUGAACAUUUUUAUUUGGUGGUUGGGGGAUAUAUGUUACAGUGACCCCAAACGAA